AGCUGAGAGGUCGAGAAGUAGCGAGAGUUGACAACGCAUUGGUGAGCUGCAUCAGCAGGCCAUGCACGAAUUUAUCAACUGUUCAUCACUGCGAACCAUGAAAAUACUGCAUGUCACUAAAAGCACCCUGGUGUCUUGAUAAGCAGAUUACUGGGCUCCCUGGACACCUCAAGAUUUAACCGUCACAUGUCAGAGACUAUAAGUAUAGAAGACCCCUGAUCUGAGCCAUGGCAUCCAAAUCAUCCCUGCUGAAAGUCAUUCUGCUGGGAGAUGGUGGAGUCGGGAAGUCCUCCCUGAUGAACCGUUAUGUGACCAAUAAAUUUGACACUCAUCUCUUCCACACCAUUGGUGUGGAAUUCCUCAAUAAGGACCUGGAGGUGGAUGGUCACCUGGUGACUAUGCAGAUAUGGGACACAGCAGGCCAGGAGCGGUUUCGCAGCCUCAGGACUCCAUUCUACCGGGGCUCUGACUGCUGCCUGCUCACCUUCAGUGUAGAUGACAGCCAGAGCUUCCACAACCUGGGCAACUGGAAGAAAGAGUUCAUCUACUACGCAGACGUUAAGGAGCCGGAGAGUUUUCCAUUCGUGGUGCUAGGGAACAAGCUGGAUGUAACAGAGCGGCAGGUAUCUUCUGAGGAGGCACAGCAGUGGUGCCAGGAGAACGGCAACUACUCGUACUAUGAGACCAGUGCUAAAGACUCCACCAACGUAGCUGCGGCCUUUGAGGAGGCUGUCAGACGGGUACUGGCCAUGGAGGAGCGAACAGAGCAUCUUAUGCCAACGGACACUGUCAGCCUGCACAGGAAACCCCGCUCUGGUGCCUGUUGUUAAUUGUGUGAGAACUAAUACAUGAUAUAACAACUGGUAAAACCCUAAGGAUCUCUCUCCCCACUCACACAUAAUGUCAAUGCUUAUUGCACAUGGACAGACACACUAAUAAGCACUGGAUGGUUCCACUUGGUGACAUUCCAUUGAACUUUACUCAGACAUUUUGGGCUGGAGCCAGUGAUUAAUUUGCUGAAGCUAAUAUGAAGGGUAGACGACAGAUCAGUGUAAAAUGUUUAAUUCAGAGCUUGAAAUCAAUGGUCAACAUUUGAUGUAUUGUUAUGAUAAAUAAAGCACUAUAUUCUAAUAUUGUAACAGUGAGAAAUUGCAAUAAAUAUAUUUUAAUAAGUAAUUUCAAUUCCUCAAACUAAAAUACAAAUACUGUUUUGGUGAUAGUAUUUUUACACUGUAGAUGAAAUGUACACUUGUGGUGUUGGAUAUAGAAGUGCCAAAAUGUAUGAUAGAAAUAUUUAUAACAUUCUGCCAGUUUGUAAAAUAAUAGGAUUGCAAGAUGUUAGAUCACUUUCUAUAAAACUACUCGUUGUAGAUGCAGAGAUUAAAAUAAGUAUGACAAAAAUGAUCUCAUUGAUUAUUUAUCAGUGGUCAGUUAAGAAGUAAGUUCCAGACAGUGCCAUGGCCUGAUAUAGUUUAGUGAUGAACAGUGGGUUGAUUUAGGUCACAAGGGAUGGCUGACUGAAAUAAAACUGGUCUGGCUCUGUUCAUUCA